GUAGACACAACAGAACUGUGCAGCGUAAUACACCAACAUACCCUCCAUUUGCUGAAAGGAAAACGGCAAAUCCACAUCAAAGAGAGAAAUAUUCUGUGUCCGGUUUGCCCUAUGAAAUUCAAAUAUGAGGCAGUGUUCAAGAUGAAUUUGAAAACACAUUCAGAUCAAAAGCCACACAACUGUGAGCAGUGUGGAAAGAAAUUCAAACGAGCUGAUUUGUUAACAACACACAAAAAAUAUCACAUGGAGGAGAAACCAUUUCCUUGUCCUGAAUGCUCGAAAACUUUCAAAGUGAAACAAGACAUGAAAAAACAUUUUAAGAUUCAUCUACCGCCAAAGUUUUUCUGUGGAAUUUGUGGAAAAUCUUUUGUUCAGAAGCACAAUUUGCGAAUUCACAUAAUAAAAGAUAGACAGAGAAUAUUGCCCAAAAGUAUAGGGCUGCUUGAUGAUUGGCUAAGGGCACUGCAGCUAAAGUACAUGUAGCAUGUUUUUAACAAAAAUUAGAGUCUAUUGAAAAAUAAAAAUUUAGAUGUCAUUUUUACAUAUUGAAAGAUUUUUAUGAUAUAGAAUUUAAGCAUACUUUUUACAGUUGUAAAUUGGCAUAUUUAGUAUCAAAUUAUCACAGAGGUUAAAGUAUAUUCCCUUAUUAAUGUCCCAAGGGACAUUACAUUUUACAAAAAGGUGGCAUUUAUUAAGGCCCUAUAAUGUUGGGGUUUUUUUACAUUUUUAAGUAAAUAUAAAUGCACCAUACAUCUGUUAUUCACUUAGGACCAUCACUUAAGACCUUAAUUAAAAUAUAAAUUUAAUUUUUUUUCGGAAAAUGGGGGGAUGGUGUUUAUCACUAUAUAUGAUUAGGAGAGGUCGGAUCUUUAGUUAGACAAUAUUGUAUGUCUUUGUCACUAAAGAAACAAACAUUUUCAUUUAAGGAAAGCUUCUUGAAAGUGAUGUGUUUGCUUAAAUUACCUGUGUAAGUCAGGAAAAUAGAAAAACAUCAACACAACCAUAUUUUUUGGCAAGUCCACCUUUCAGUCAACAAUAAUUUGGACACUAAAAACGUCCAUAGCUGUCAUGAUAGUUGAUACAUUCAUUUUCCUUUCCAGGGAUUAUAUCGCUAUGUUCAGAGGGUUGGGGCCUUUGGUAUUUUUGGCCAUGGGCCUUUUUGAUGAAAUGUCAGUAUCAUGGUCUAGAAUCUGUUUAUGAACUGCAAAGUAGUAAAUUAAAAUUAUAUAAACA